AUGAACGAACAGAAUCUUCAAUUGGCCCUGAGAUGGAUCAAAAGCUGUAAUCGUUCACAUCCAAAGUGCAAGGCUUUCCGACAUCAAAUGACUGGAUGGCGACCAACAAGACUCAUCUAUGUUGGGCCACAGCCUGAUCAGUCCAAGCUUGUAAUUUCGAGUGACAAAGCCAGAUCGGUACCCUAUGUCGCAGUAAGCUAUUGUUGGGGACCUGCAAAUAGUGUCACUCUUUCCCAGGAAAACAUCAGCGACUUCCAGAAACAAAUUCCCUGGCAGUACCUGCCCGCCACCAUUCAGAGCGCAAUAGCUACUACGAAAGAUCUUGGCUACCAAUACUUAUGGGUAGAUUCUCUUUGCAUUAUUCAGAACUCUAAGGAUGACUGGGCUCACGAGUCAUCAAGGAUGGGCGAUAUCUACGGGAUGGCAGACAUCACGCUCGCCGCUGCUGGAGGAUCCAGUGUCCAAGAUCCCAUGUUCUACCGCAGAGACCCGCGAGCCGUUCGACCGUGUGUGGCAAAUAUCAUGCCAAAUUACCGAUACACCAAGCUCAGCUACCCAUGGGCCAUAUAUCCCCACCAAGCAGAACGGAUGCUGGACAGCACUAUUAACCAGAGUCCUCUUAGUCGUCGUGCAUGGGCUCUACAGGAGCUUCUCUUAUCACCGCGGUCUUUAAUACUUGGUUCGAAACAAAUGGUUUGGUCUUGUGCAACUACAGAAGCAAGUGAGGGGUUUCCAUUAGGAUUGGAUCCUAAGUUCAGUACUCCAUUGGCCGAAGAUUCGAGUCUGUCGCAACUUCGCCAAAGACUGAUGAGGAUGUCAAUUCCAGACGAGCCUCCGUCUAGAUUUUGGAACGACUUCAUCAGCAAAUAUACACGAUGUCGCUUGUCAGUAGGUUCCGAUACCCUAGUCGCUCUGCAGGGCUUAGUGGGGAGGAUCAUGAUGAUGGUCGACAUGAGACGUCAGUCAAAUCCAGACGAACCAGGAGCGAACUAUGUUGCUGGUCUUUGGCACGACCGACACUUCCAGCAAAGCCUACUCUGGCGACCCAAGGUCGGCUCAACUCGUAGUAGACCAGAAGCCUAUAGAGCUCCAUCUUGGAGCUGGGCGUCAAUAGAUGGCGACAUUGACUUCUUUGAGCAGUAUGUCCCUUGGCUUUGGAACAAGAUGGAGAUUGAGUUUGCAACAGUUAUUGAUGUUAAUGUUGAAGCCGCGGCUAUCCACUCAUCUUCAGCGACUGGAGCAGUCACUUCUGGCUAUAUCGAUAUAAAGUGUCAUGUUCGUUCAUGCAUGUUGCUAAAAGCUGGGCCGGGACUCGACGGGUCCAAAGCCUAUGAACAGGACGAAGCGCUGGUUGUAUCAUCGGAGGAAUUCCACAGACUGUCCGAAAACACACCCCUUCAAGACUUCUGUGCAGGAACCACGAUAAAUGAGCUUGCACAUCGAUUUGCGAACUCAUGUAUCAUCGAUAUGCCAGAAGAAAUACCAGAUUCAAAAUGGACAGAGGUCUAUUGCAUACCUCUCCAGCUGGGGCAGUGCCAGACCGAUCGUUACGAACAAUCAGUUUGGGAAAGCUACGAAGGCUUGGUUGUUGUUCCGGUUCAUAGCGGCGCGUGCACAAACUAUAAGCGCAAUCUUUCGCACACUGAAAGCCCGGACCUGACAAAAAUAUUCCGUCGGAUUGGCACGUUUCGUUUUGAUCUACACGAAGGAAACCGGGCAUCGAGACGAGGCGAACUUUUGGGCACUGGUAGCGACCUACAAGAAAGGAGAGAGCUAAUUCGCAUAAUCUAA